AUGGCGCACCUUCGCUGCACAGCAGUACCUAGAGUCCGCAGCUAUCUGUCUGCGAGCUUCCUACGUACAUCCACUCCACCUGCCACAAACAAUGGCGUCCGCUACCUCUCCACCACCGCAGCCCUCCGUAGCUCGAAAUCCUUCGCGCCGCACACCCAGAUAUUUCACGAAGUAGCUCCUCUGCGGAAGUUUAGAAGAGAUCUCCUCUUCAACUAUCGCACGGUCGGCCUCGUGCCCACAAUGGGAGCUCUGCACGAGGGUCAUCUUUCUCUCAUUCGACAAGCAGCGGCCGAGAACGCCGACGUCUUCGUUUCCAUAUAUGUCAAUCCCACACAGUUCGGCCUGAAUGAGGAUCUGGCUUCAUACCCUAAGACUUGGGAGACAGACCUACGAAUGCUAAACGCUCUGGACAGAGAGCUAGCGAGCGUAGGGUCUGGAAGGGUAUCCGCCGUGUUUGCGCCGAGCACCAAGACGAUGUACCCAACACUACCACCGAAUAGCAGCAUACCCGGGGUAGGAUCCUUCAUUGAGAUGCGGCCGCUGGGUCAACUUCUAGAGGGAGCUUCGCGACCCGUCUUCUUCCGCGGUGUUGCAACCGUAUGCAUGAAGCUCUUUAACAUCUGCGCACCGGAGCGCGUCUACUUCGGUCAGAAAGAUAUCCAGCAGACAGUCGUCAUCAAGCGCUUAGUCAAGGAUUUCCACCUAGAUACCGAGGUCAGGAUCGGGCCUACAGCGCGAGAGCCAGAUGGACUGGCACUGUCCUCGCGGAACGUCUAUCUGGGCACUCGCCGCCGUAACGUUGGCAUCGUGCUUAAUCAGGCAUUGCGAAAAGCGGAGGCACAAUACAAAGCCGGCAACAGGAAGAGGGGUGACAUUCUUUGGCCUGCAAACGAUCACGCCGACAAAGUCGAGCUCGAGCAGGACGCUCUUGGGCCGAGCAAGCGAGCUCGAUUUGAGGUUGAUUACAUCAGUCUGGCAGAUCCAGAGACGAUGGAGGAGCUGGAAGAAGUUGACGAUUCCCGCGGCGCUAUCCUGAGCGGAGCGGUCAAAAUGCUACCUAUUGAGGAGCCCAGGGCAGGGGAAGAGCUGGGCGUGGGUGAUGGGAAGAUUCCUGUCAGGCUGAUUGACAAUAUUGUGCUGGAUCCUGUUAUUCUGGGAUAA